UUGUACAGUUGUAUGGCGGCCGUCUCCACUGGCUGAACUGCUGUCGUGUGAUCAACGAACGCAACGUGGUCUUCAAGCUGAAUCAAGUAGCUUGUGGCAGGGCGUACCCUCUCCCGUGGCUACUUUGUAACUGUAGGAAAAAUUAGCAUUUCAUUUCGUUUCAACACGGCGCAAUACGACAGUAUGUCUAUAGUCGGCUGUAAUAUGGCGGAAUGUGGCAGUAUGUAGAAUAGCGUACCGGUCGUUCUAGCUGAUUGGCUGGCUAGUUGGUUGGUUGGUUGGUUUGGUAGGCUGCAUGGCUUGGCUGGUUGGUUUGGCUUGUCGGCCAAUCGGCAGCGUUCAGACAGCUGAGCGCUUUGUGUAUGCUUCACAUUUUGUGCGUCCGCGUUUUUUUUUUCUUUUUUCAAGUGCGCUGCUUAAAAUGUAAAACUAAAUAACCGACUAGUUCAUCAGCAGCUGUGCAAGUUGUCUGCGUUCAAAUUGGCAGGGAGCUCGGACGAGUUCGGCGCCGCUGCAAAGAUGAGGGUCGACGACGUCUCGACCACGGACACCGUGCUGGCAUUCCGCAGGGCGCUGGACGCCGAACGUCCGACGGACAGGACGGAACCGAUGCCGCUGCUGACCGACAGGGCGAAGAGGUACGGCGUCACCACUAUAAAAGCGGCGAGGAGGAAAAACGCCAUCAAGAACACGACCAAGACUGUCACCAAGAAGAUGACAAAGGAAACAACUGAGACGCGUGCCAAGGGGAAGACGAAGAAGCUAGCGACGACGCCAGCCAAGGGAGUGAGACAGAAGACCUCGAACACGAUGGCAAAACGCAGAAGCAUAGAUAAGCGUGGCGGGCGCAGGACCACUGCAAUCGGUGCUCGAAAGAAGGGAUCGUUGAAGCCGGAGCAUCGGUCGGUGUCUAGCAAAGUCCCGCGGAUCGUCGUCACAAAGCACCCGAAAACGAAGACUGUAAAACCCACUCGGAAGAAACUGCGGCGCAAGAUGAAUGCUCCUGACGCCGAGAAAACAUCGACGACGGCCGGCGGUGUCGGAGCGCACGAAACGCGCGCGACAGCCGAAGACGAUGCCGACUACGAGGCUCUGGUGACCGAGCACCAAUCGGGAAUCGGCACACCCCACCGAACGGUAUAGCAGCCUCGCUGCUAUCACGUGACGUGGGUAACGCAGAAGAUAACAUUCGACCUUAGUAAAGACGACAUCA